GAGGUCAGAAGACGGGUUCAACAAUGGUUGCUAUUGCUGCCUCCGUUCUGUGGUUGAGCUGGAUAACCCUACACAUAGUAGAGAUUGAAGUGCCCGGUUCCUACGCCAUUGCCUGGAUAUUCUACAUCGGGUUUGUGACCCUGGUGGCUAGCUUCAGAUCCUCAGUUCGAGCUGAGUACGAUAUAAACGGGAACCCUCUAGAGGACUUCUUCGCAACCCUGCUAGUCUACCCGAGUGUAGCUAUACAGCUGAAGACUGUUCACAAGAAACAGGGACUGACUACUAUUGUGCCACAAGAGCCAGUUGCUAAUGGCAACGGAGCCACAAACAGUCAUCAUGUCAACGGUCUGGUUAUUGAGAACGGCAACUCUGCUGCUCAUCAAGUUUAAAUAGAUCGUCUUCUUUAUAGUCAGGUCUCUAGAGACUGAACUCUCGCUCGUGGAGGUUAUUAAGAUUGUAACCUAGCU